AUGUUCGAGGAACCAACACAUUCCACAGUACUGUUCGAGUGUGAGCUGUUCAACCAUGGUCCUGUUCUACGGAGCUGUUCAACCAGGACCACACAGGGUGUGUUCACCAGUGAGCUCACCAGAAGGGCAUCCCUCUAUGUUCUACAGACAUGCAACAACUAUCAGGCGAAGAACCAAAAGUGUGAGCUGUUCAACCAGUGUGGGACCUGUUCCUCUGAUGUGUGUGCUGUGGUGCAGAACUACACCCUGUGGAAGGUUGGAGACUACGGGGAGGUGUCAGGACGAAACCAGAUGAAGGCUGAGAUAUACACCAACGGGCCAAUCAGCUGCGGUGUGAUGGCUACGAAGGGCCUGGAGGCGUAUCGUGGUGGUGUGUUUGCCGAGUUCCACCCCUUGUCUCUAAUGAACCAUAUCAUCUCAGUAGCAGGCUGGGGGGUGGCGGAGGACGGGACAGAGUACUGGGUGGUCCGCAACUCCUGGGGAGAGCCUUGGGGAGAGUACGGCUGGGCGAGGAUCGUAACCAGUGCUUAUAAAGGAGGGAAAGGUAACUGGUACAACCUGGCCAUAGAGAAGAGCUGUGCUUACGGAGACCCCAUCAUUACAUAGAGGACAAGAGGAAACGAGUGUCAUAACCAUCAACUGAAUAUUAAUACUGGAGAUUACCGUGCGUCACUCAAAACACUUGAUCGGUGCUGCCGUCAACAGGAAGUGGUGUCAAAUGGUUCCCAUAGUAGGACGUUCAAGUUGAUAGGGACAACAUUGGGAAGAUCUGCCCCCCCGUAUUCAUUAAAAAAAAACGUCUUAGAGUCAAGAUGCUGAUCGAGAAUCAGUUUAGCCUUUUAGAUUGUAGUGAAUAAGAACUACAUGGACAGAGAGGAUCUGAUCCGAGAUCAGCACUCCUACUGUGAGACGCUUUGUGAAUAUAGGACCUGGAGCCUACCUCGUCCUUCAUUAGUAGCCUCUCCUCCUCCUCUCCUACCUCCUCUCUCCUCCUUCUCUCCUCCUCUCCUACCUCCUCAUCUCCUACCUCGUCCUUCAUUAGUAACCUCUCCUACCUCCUUCUCUCCUCCUCCUCUCCUAACUCCUCCUCUCUCCUCCUCUCCUAACUCCUCCUCUCUCCUCCUCUCCUACCUCUUCCUCUCUCCUCCUCUCCUACCUCCUCCUCUCCUACCUCCUCUCUCCUCCUCUACUACCUCCUCUCCUACCUCCUCCUCUCCUACCUCCUCCUCUCUCCUACCUCCUCCUCUCUCCUACCUCCUCCUCUCUCCUCUCCUACUCUCUCCACCUCCUCCUCUCCUCCUCUCUCCUCCUCUCCUACCACCUCCUCUCCUCCUCUACUACCUCCUCCUCUCCUACCUCCUCCUCUCCUACCUCCUCCUCUCUCCUCAUCCUCCUCUACUACCUCCUCCUUUUCCUCCUCUACUACCUCCUCCUCCUCUCCUACCUUCUCCUCUCUCCUCCUCCUCCUCUACUACCUCCUCCUCUCUCCUCCUCCUCUCCCUCCUACCCUGGCCAGGGAGAGAGAUGGAAGGAUAGACACAUCUAAGAUGCUUUUCUAUCAUUUAUAGGUCAGGGUUUUAUAUUCAUAAAGCAACUGAGUUUGAGUGCUGAUCGAGGAUUAGUGUAGCCUUUUAGAUUGUUGUGAAUAAGAACUACAUGGACAGAGAGGAUCUGAUCUGAGAUCAGCACUCCUACUGUGAGACGCUUUGUAAAUACGGGCAGUUCUCUGUAACUAAUCGCUAACUUUCCACUGAUAUUAGGAGUUUAAUCUGAACAUCAGGCCAUGGCUUUCAGUCUUGCGACGGACUCCUUUCAACUCAGUGUUUCAGUCUUGUGACAACACUGAAACACUGUCAAACACAACGACACUAAACCUGUACAGGGCUAUUUAACUGGUGUUUAUUAAUUAACAAAUGUCUUUGAAAGAAUAAACAAUGAUUUUUUUGUG